AUGCAAGAUAUACAUUCAAUUGGAGGUGGCGGAGGGCGGUUUUACGGCGGUGGCGGUGACAGACGACUACGGCUUAACCAACCCCAAGCCAUAAAGUGUCCUCGUUGUGAUUCUCUCAAUACAAAAUUCUGCUACUACAACAAUUAUAAUCUCUCUCAGCCGCGCCACUUCUGUCAGAGUUGCCGGAGGUACUGGACUAAAGGCGGCAUCCUCCGUAACGUCCCCGUUGGCGGUGGUUGCCGCAAAAGCAGACGGUCCAAGCCCAAGCCGUCGGCUGUUUCUACUACUGAUGAUACUUCUCAGGAAAAUAAGUCCAACUCCAACUCCAAUUCCAAUUCCGGCAGUGAAAGUUCUAGUCUUACUGCUAUUACGUCCACAGCUGCUGCUGCAGCGAAUACAUCUGUUGCUAUGACUCCGGAAUUUGUGUUAGGCAAUUCAUCUAAUCCGACUCUGCCCGACGUUCAGGACUCAAGGUUUUUAGUAACUGAAACUACGAAGGGAGAUUUUAUUCAGCAAGUAGUGGGACGACAUACAACAGAAGAGCAAAUAUUUCAUGAUAUUGGGGAUUACCCAAUCAAUGUGAACAACAUUUCAAUGUACCAAAACUCAAAUGCGGGUUUCUUUGAUCGGACUGCUCACGUUGAGUUAUCAGGGAGAAGGGAAAACGACGGUGGACUGGCUCCGGUGGAUUGGCAGACCGGAGGACUGUUUGGUAUGGUGGAGAACAGUGAUCUUCAGUACUCUUACUGGUAUCAAAGACAAUGGGGUUCGAAAAUGGGUCUCAACAACGAGCCCAUUGGGAAUUUACCAAAGGGGGAGGAGCUGGAUAAUGACCAAAUGGAUGAGGUUCCUCUUGAACCUCAAGCAAAUAGACGAGGCCGCAUGCCUCAAGAUAUUGUUUCCGUCCCUCCUCCACCUUCACCAAGAGCGGCAUCCCACUGA